UCCAAGAAUCGAGUCUUCGAAACAGAGACGAAGAAGAAAGAGUUUGCAAGAAAUGGGAGAUUGCAGACCAUUGGGGUUCUUGCUGGGCCUGCCAUUUGCUUUGGUUGCUCUGCUUUUGUCUCUUGUUGGUGCUGUUCUCUGGAUCAUUGGGACUAUAUUCAGUUGCUUGUGCCCAUGUUGUGUAUGUUGUGCUGGUCUGGUGAAUUUUGCAGUGGAUCUCAUAAAGCUGCCUUUCAAAAUACUUAAAUGGUUCACUGAUCAUAUCCCUUGUUGAUAUCCAAGAAAUUCAUGAUAAUACUCAUUUGCUUCUUUUCUUUCUUUUUUUUUUUUUUUUUCUGGGUUUAUGAAUUUAUCAACUCUGUAAUUUUUUUUUAUUAUUAUUCUCAGUGCAUUAGUAUUUCUUAUUGAUUAUAUUACUUUUUAGGAUUGUGGGGUGUUGGAUUUUGACUCUUAUUUGUAUUGGAU